AUCAUCUCUACUUCCUCACAUCCUCACAACCUUACAACCUUACAACACUACUACUUUAUAUUAUUACAUCACAGCAUUACAUUACAUCAUUUCAAUCAACUGACCGAUAUCUCAGCAGCGUCACGAUGUCUACAUCUUCCACUAUCAGCAGCAAAACUGGGGCUCCAGCUCCGGCUCCGGCAACUGAGAAAACAGCAACACCAGCAACACUGCCAGCGCCCUGCGUAUUAAAUAAAAGCGACCCGCAAUAUCAGAUAGAAUGCCUAGAAAAGCUCAAACAACAUAUGGGCUGGAUUCUCCAGUGGGCAGCGAAAAACAAAAAACUGUGCAAUUCAAAUGGCGAAGCAGAAAAUGGUGAAGAGGCAGGAGUUGUCAAAAAUGGAAGGGCUGCAGAGGUCCUGGGGGCCGCUGGGGAAAUAGCAGUCGCCGGAAAGGUAGAAGCUGCUAGAGAGACUGGUAUUUGUGACCAAACUGGAACCUCUACAAUAACUGGAAUCGCCGAGAAAACCUACACCUUUCACAUACCAGAUGCCAAUUGUCCAACCACAUCUGCCAUCCCAAUGAAUGCCCGAUCACACAUUCCUAUUCCAUCCCAUAGCAGCUCUAAGAAUGCUAAUACGAGCAAAGCGACGCCCGGUCGCAACAUAUAUCUUCAAGCCCGCAAUAUUCUAGGCAUCAAAACUCGAGGACCGAAUACCAUCUCCCAUUACCUCCUCGACGCGGACGAGGCAGCAGCCAAAUCCGUCAAGUACGGGGAGAUCCCUCUUGAGCACCUAGCGCGUCCUGAGAGCUACGCCAACCAGUACUUCGAGAUCAAGAAGUCGCGACUCGGUGGAUACGGGGCAUUCGCGAAGACAGACCUGAAGUGCGGCCAAUUGAUCCUCGCCGAGCAGCCGGCACUCAAAGCAAAUCCGAUCACUUUAUACCAAGAUAUUGCUGAGCUAGCGCCGGAGCUACGCGCGGCGUUCUACCGAAUGCACGGGCACAAGAGAUCUCCUGAGCACGACAAGCGACAGGCAAUAUUUCUCACCAAUGCCUUCGUGGUUAGAGAAUCAUCCAUCGUCUACUUUAUCGCCGCAAGGUUUAAUCACGCAUGCGGGCAGGUCCGAUCCGUCAACUACCACACCACUCCGAAUAAUAAUAUCAUGGAGUUCCGCAUGGCGAAGGACGUAUCUGCCGGUACCGAGUUAACAAUAUCAUAUGGACCGCUACCUCCGGCCAACCUCUACUUAAUGUGGGGUUUCCGCUGCGCUUGCGGUGGCUGCAAGCCCCUUACCGACGCCCAAGUCAAAAAGUUGAACUACAGAGAUGAAGUGGCGGAGGACGUCUGGUAGACUUCGGAUGAAAUACGAUUGAAUGUUGGAUUACGCUCUAUGGAGGUUGAAUAAUAGGGGCUAGGUACACGGGGUGUAGUUUAGAAUUGUAGCGUCUUGUGAAUAUCUUUGCUGUAUCGAAAAGUUAGCUAGAUUCUUUGAUUUUUAUUUCCAAGUUACCUCAUAUCCUAUUAAGGGUUUUACAAAAGUUCACCAAGAACUAGGUAUUCAGGAGAGGUGAAUAAAUGGUCUAUUCAGUUAAAAGUAAUGCAAAACCACUGUGCUGAUUUCUUUUCGCA